AUGGCUAAAUCACUUCUCCAAUCCACCUUAGGAUUUGUGUCCAGUAUAUUCUCCUUUGGCUCGUCCUCUGAGCAAUCCUCCAAUGUCUCGACAAGCAACGUGAAACCAAGUUUCCAGCCCAGAAAGAGGAAGGCAGUCGAUCACAGUGAUGAUGAUGAUGAUGAUGCAGAUGACUAUACACCAAGUUCCAAAAGGCGCAGGCUAUACAAGGGUCGACCAGACUUCAUUCCUUACUCUAGUGAGGAUGAUCCUGUUCAUUUCUCACCAAGCACAUUCCCGAGACAGUCAGCAACAGCCUUAGCCAAAGCGGAGAGAGAUCGGGCUAUGAUGCCUCCUCCCGCAACGCCGGUGCAGGUGCCAAGUGACACAGAUCCCAGUUAUCAGCCAAGAGACGACGAUGCAAUAUCCUUCCUAACGACCGGGAUGACUCGGCGAAGGCCAGAAGAUUUGGAUGAGGAACAGAUGGAAGCCGCAAGGCGUCAUGCUGCGUCCAUACAACUUCCUGCCGAAUCCGGCAAAUGGUCCGAGGCAGAGCAAGAACUUUUCUUUCGUCUCGCUAAACGAGGUUUUCAGCCCUUGUUGCCUCAGAACUGGAUGAUAGACUUUGAUACUCUCCCGCUGAGUAUCUUUGCACACGAAGAUUCGAUAGACCCUCCUCUGAUCCAGAAUAUGAGAGACAAUCACUUCAGAGCUGCACAUGCACUUCGCAGACUCCUUGAAGCCGGUCAUGACGUUCGUGACAGAACCCAUGUGAGCCCCGGUGUUCGAAGGGAGAGAAUUCUGCAGAGCAUAGUGAAGAGAUAUCUGCACUGGGCUUUAACAGAUGUCGGGCUACGACCAAACUCUCUAACAAGGUUUCUUCCGACCCAUGUGAUUGUGACACAUCGCAAAGGCCACUCCACCUUCCAGACACUCGAGGAACUGGCCCAUAAACUGCAUAAACUUGCCGAUCGGCAUCGAAAGGCGGCAAAGGUUCAUCCAACUAUUGAGCCUCACGAAUCUCAACUCAUCCCAUGCGAUCCCAUUGACGCAGUUCAGGACAGCUCUGAUAUCCCCACCCUAUUUGGACUAGUCUUUAUCUCAUCAGUCCUCGCAAUCAUGACUCUCAGUCCCUUCACUGCCGAUAAGUCAAUUACGCACAACCAAACGGGCUCACAACCUAUCUCACAACCGGUAUCCAAUGAUUACCUUAGGACGAUUAUCGAUCUAGAUUUCAGCCAGAAAGACCAAGAUGUGUGGAAUUCACUAGGUGUUGCCAUCGUCGCCAUGCAGAUCCGAGAUGAAGCCCUAAAGGCAAACACUCCUGAAAUGACGGAUGAUGCUUGGGACGGUGCUUCCAUCCUUACAUCGCGGUAUGGCGAAGAUGACAUGGAGAGUCAGUUGGGAGAUAUUGUUGACCCUGACCUUUGA